GUGGAGAUUUAUGAACAUCAAGGCACUACUAUUUGUGUGUAUUGCUUUAGUAUAUAAAUCAUACAAAAGUGCAAGGGGUAUAUCCACCCUAUUUACAUUAUACAUAUCAGAAAUACAUGCAUCAGAUAUACAUAUCUAAAAACUUGUUUUGUUGAUAUUUUUAAUGCCACCUGUUGAAGAUUUCAACUACACCGCUUUAAAUCAUCAAGCUGGUGGUCAUCACAACAAAAAGGGAGUUAGAUGCAUGCUAACAGAUGAUAAAGGUAAUGUUCUGAAAUCAAUUAAUGACUCUCAAAGCGGAAAGAAUGAAGAAAUUUUCUAUAAUAGAGUUUUCUCUGAUGAAUAUUUUAAUGAAUUUUGUCAGUUUUUGCCAAGAUUUUAUGGAGGAAAAACAGUUGUGGCAGAUCUAAAAUAUUCUUACUUGAAACUAGAAAAUCUUCUUGCAAACUUUGCUUAUCCUAAUAUAAUGGAUAUCAAAUUAGGUCGAGUUACCUAUGAUCCAUUUGCAUCAAUGGAAAAGAAAAUUAAAGAGGAAGGAAAGUUUAAUGCUCAAACAAAAAUUGGAUUUCGAAUAUCUGGGAUGAAGUUAUAUAAUGAAGAAUCAAACUGUUAUUAUUCAAUAGAUGGACGUGGUUUUCGUUCUUGUACUUGUUAUUCUACUGAUGAAGAUAAAGUAGCAGCUUAUUUAAAAAUAUUUCUUGGUUAUAAAGACCUGCACAAUAACAUGUCUAGAAAUGUUGUAAACUCGUCAUGUGCUGAUUGCUGUCAUCAACAUCAGUUGGCAACACAUGCAUUAUUGCAAAAAGUUAUCAACUUUUUAAAAAUUUUAUUGAAAUACAUGGAAAAUGAAAAACGCAUUAAUCUUUUUUCAAGUUCAAUUUUUAUUGCAUACGAUUCAAUGAAGUUCUACGAAUUGUCACAUUGCUCAUUGCAUCAACAUGGAGGAUGUUUCAAUAACUGUUUAAACAAUACCGCUAUAUCAAUGUUAUCACAUUGCUGUCAUGAAAAAAUCAAUAAAUUGUCAGUAAAAAGUAAUUUAUUUACAAACGUUCCUAAAAAGUUUGUAGCAUCUUUAUAUAAUAAAGUUGAUUAUUGUUCUUCUAUUCGUAUGAUUGACUUUGGCCACAGUUUUAUUGAUAUGGAGCCUAAUGCAUUGGAUGAAAAUUACAUAUUUGGUUUAAAAGGUUUACUUUCAUUUUUAGAAAGACUGACAAUUUUUGAUUCUGACAAGUUGUAGCAACAUUUUUUUGCUUGAUAUCUUUUUCAUUAAUAUAUUUUUUCAUAA